UGUUUGCAAACACGAGAGCAGCGCAUGAUUGGGCACUCCUCCGCGCAUGCGCAGUGAGGCGCUCUGCAAUCCCCAGCGCUUGAGCUGUCGUGCGCUUGUUGUGUCUGCUGGAGCUUCCCGAUUCGCAGUCGCUCGCUGUGCCAUUUUGGACAAUGGCUCUGAUCUCUAUUGAGGAUCUUGACGGACUGGAUGAUGAGCAGGUGGAUGAUGACAUCACAGACAGCUCUGAACCAAUGGAUGACGGGGAGCAGGACCGAAUGUACGCCCACUGGCAGGCCGUAGGAAGGACACAUCACGUGUCUGUUCCCAGAGAGAUGAGAGGACCCAUUGAGGAGAUGACGAGGAGGAACCAGAGCUCAGAACGAGAGCAAGUGCCUUUCGUCAGCAUCUCCAGACACGAGAAGCUUGGCGAGGUGCUGUACGAGGAGAGAGUGUAUCCUGCGGGGAAAUGGGCAUGUGUCAGUAAAGCAGAACUCAUGUAUGAGCAAAGCAUCUCCAAUGCCUUUAUGAAGCUCAUGCGCUUCAUCUGCAAGGAGAAUUCAACAGGACGGUACCUUGGCAUGUCGGUGCCUGUUGUGAAUGAGAUCACAAUGGCGGAUGAUGGCACCAACUUCAUGAAGGAUGUGCUGACGGCGUAUUAUCUCCCCGCUGAGUUCCAGGCCAGACCGCCUCAACCAGCUGACCCGGACAUCAGCAUCGUCCACCGGGACGCCAUCCGAGUCAUAUCCAGGGUGUUCUACGGGACCACCACAGAGGAGACCAUCUCUCGUCAGAUCGGCGUGCUCUGGGAGCUCCUGGGCCGCUCCGGGGACGUCCUCCAGAACCGCUACAUGGUGGCGGCGUACGAGAACCCCGGCGUGCCCCAGCGCAGGAACGAGAUCUGGUUCAUCCGCCGCGGCCCGUGAACACCUCCCAGA